AUGGGCACCUUACUGCACUACCUCACCACCGGCGCGGGCUGCGAUUUGAUCAUAAUCUGUCGCGGAGAAUUCUUCUUGGUUCACAAAUCAGUCAUUGCCGCUCACUCACCGGUACUGGAAAGAGAUGCGUGCAAGUCAACGUUUCUCGGUGGCGAGGCGUACAUCCUGGACGCAGUCUCUCCUGAUGUCUUCCGCAAAGUCCUCACUUUCAUGUACCGGGGCGACAUUCCGGAAUCUUUCCAGAGCACACUAGCUGCCUCGACUCAACUUCCCCUCGACAAAAAGUUCCCUCUGACCGACGCCUUCCUGGUCACCAUUCGGGGCAAGCCUGCGACUGUCAACCUCUUGGAUGGCUCGACCAAGACUACGGACACCAUCACUAAUGCAGACAAAUGGGCCAUCUUGAUGGCAAAGCAAGCCUUGAUCAAGGAUCCAUAUGAUGUCCGUCCAUGCGUUAACUCGGACGAAAUCUUUCCAGAACUCAAUGUCUACCUCGUGGCGAAGCAACUGGAGAUUGGCCCUCUAAAGGACGUCUCCGUGCAAAAGAUUAUCACGUGGUUUGAAAAGGAACUGCGUACGGGUUGCCCAUUGUCUGAAGACUUCCAUGUCUGGGCUGGCUACAUUCUCAGAGCCUACGACGACUUUAUACAACCCUUCUUCAGGAUCUGUGCAAUAGAUAUUCCUGUCGUGGAGAAAGACAGGUCUCUGGUAUCUUUGCUUGGGAAAUGCAAUUCUAACCUCUGGGAGGGCAUGCUGUCCGUCCGUGCACAGUGGCAAAAGGACCUUGUGAACAAACGAGAUGAAUUACAAAAGACCAAGGACCAGUGUUUGGUCCUGAAGGCAGACGCAGAAAAGCAGAAAGCUGCGUCCAGAGAUCAAGAGAAGGUGUAUAAAUCGAAAAUGGAAGAGCUGCAGAAGUCACUGGAUCUGGCUGAUGGGAGGACUCGAGCUGCACAAGCGCUGGCUCAACGGCUCGACAAGCUCACACGUUCUUUACAACAGGACCUGUUGAAAGAGAAGGCUAGUGCGGUCCAGUUGAAGGAGACCAACACCAAGAAAGAGAAGCAGCCCGCCAAAAGCGACCCCGCUACUUCGAAACUUCAGAAGCAAAUUGGAGACUUGAAUGAAAUGGUCAAGAGCAAGGAACAGGCCCACAAAGGGUCCAAAGCUGCCAAUAACAAGGUCAAGGCGGCCCUGCGUAGCGAGAAGGAGGCCCUGCGUAUUGAGUUCGCCAAAGUCAAAGAUGCGUUCACGGGGUUUAAGAGAUGGAUCAAUGACACGCCAAAGUGUCCAGGCUGCCAGAGCGAGCACAACAUCCGGAUCGAGCACCAGCGCUAUACUUCGAUUGGCGUUGCAUGCGCGCAUUGCCCAUUUCGUACGAUGUGGUACGGAGCGGACACCGAUGAUGGGAAGGCGUGA